AUGAACGCCGCGUCAUCACGCGCCGUUUAUUCGAAUAAUAGACUCAAAAAGCACACAGCAGACUACUAUGGCAAUGAUAUACAGGUAGGUGGUUGAUCGCUAUUAACCUGGGACUCCUUCGAGUGUUACAUCGAAGAAAGUAUAUCCAGGUACAUCCAGGCACCAGAUGUUUGCUGGAACAAGCUGUUCAAGGCCGCUUGCACCGAAAAGUAUGAUGAAUGGCUGAGUACCCCGGGAAUUCACAAAGAAACAGCUGCUGGAAAU